AUGCUUCAACUACAUGCUGGAAACCAUGCCUACACAGCGACCGGCUCCCUGUCAGCCUUUUCUUUUUUCAUCUGGAAACAGUCCAAACCAGCCGCCUUGAAUUCACGCUUGUCAUAUUGCACGAACAACUCAACAGUCCGAGCUCGUUGCAGCGGUCAGUCAGCUCACGCAACGGGGGUGCAGCUGUCAGUUCAGUUUCAGUUCUCCGUAUCCAGACCUGGUCGAAACUACGCGCAAAUCCCGCAUACCUGGGUAGCUCAAGUUCUAUGUAGUAAGCAAGACACUGCAGUAACAGCAUUCUGUGAGAAACCAAGCUUAUUUGCCUUCUCUCCUUCUUCUCUUCUAAUCUUUCUGUACCGCACUAGAACUAAAAACACUUUCUGUUGCAGAGUUGUGACGAUCUUCCUGGCUAGCGAGCGAGCGACACCCCUGAUGAUUGCCUUUUCUUCCAUGCGCACCAUCCGGUGUAUGUCUAUUCUGGGCACCUCAACACUCUAUUCGCUACCGUACAAGUCAGGUUGCUUUUCCAACCACAUGCAACGACUUCCAUGCGCGCGUGGCCGCGGCAAACCCUAG